AUGAGAGACCUGGUCACCCAGGAUAUGGAGAAGGCCGAGGUAUUCAACGAGUUCUUUGCCUCAGUCUUCACCAACAAGUGCUUGAACCACGUCCCCCAAGUCACUGAAGGCAGAGACACAGACUGGGAGAAUAAAGACCCGCCCACUAGGCAUGGACUAGACGGAUGGACCACUCGGUGGAUAAGGGAUUAUCUGGAUGAUCGCACUCAAAGAGUUGCAGAUAACUACUUGAUGUCCAAGUGGAGACAGGUGAUAAGUGGUGUCCCUCAGGGCCAGGUACCCCUGAAAGUGGAACAAGCAAACAAUGCUCGUGAUGCCUUGGCUAAAACAGUGUAUAGUCAUCUGUUUGACCAUGUAGUGAACAGGGUAAACCAGUGUUUUCCAUUUGAGACUUCUUCUUUCUUCAUUGGAGUUCUAGAUAUAGCUGGUUUCGAAUACUUUGAACACAACAGUUUUGAACAAUUCUGUAUUAACUACUGUAAUGAAAAACUGCAGCAGUUUUUUAAUGAAAGGAUUCUGAAAGAGGAACAAGAACUUUACCAGAGAGAAGGCCUUGGGGUUAAUGAAGUACGCUAUGUGGAUAAUCAGGACUGUAUAGAUUUGAUUGAAGCAAAAUUAAUAGGUGUACUGGAUAUUUUGGAUGAAGAAAAUCGUCUUCCCCAACCAAGUGACCAGCAUUUUACUUCAGUUGUGCACCAAAAACACAAGGACCAUUUCAGACUCUCCAUUCCUAGAAAGUCCAAGUUGGCUGUUCACAGAAAUAUCAGAGAUGAUGAAGGCUUUAUUAUCCGACAUUUUGCAGGAGCAGUAUGCUAUGAGACGAUGCAGUUUGUGGAAAAAAACAAUGAUGCUUUGCACAUGUCCCUUGAAUCUCUUAUAUGUGAAUCCAAGGACAAGUUUGUUCGACAGCUCUUUGAAUCUAACACUAACAACAACAAGGAUCCCAAACAAAAAGCUGGGAAACUUAGUUUCAUCAGUGUAGGAAACAAAUUCAAGACUCAGUUAAAUUUGCUUCUUGAGAAGCUUCGCAGUACUGGGUCUAGCUUUAUUCGCUGUAUCAAACCUAAUUUAAAGAUGACAAAUCACCAUUUUGAAGGAGGACAGAUACUCUCUCAGCUUCAGUGUUCAGGAAUGGUGUCUGUUCUGGAUUUGAUGCAAGGUGGCUUCCCUUCUCGAGCUUCUUUUCAUGAACUGUAUAAUAUGUACAAGAAAUACUUGCCUGAAAAGUUGGCUCGACUGGAUCCUAGGCUCUUUUGCAAGGCACUAUUUAAAGCCUUGGGACUGAAUGAAAAUGAUUACAAAUUUGGGCUAACCAAGGUGUUUUUUAGACCCGGCAAGUUUGCCGAGUUUGAUCAGAUAAUGAAAUCUGAUCCAGAUCACUUAGCAGAGCUGGUUAAAAGAGUGAAUCGCUGGCUUAUCUGCAGUCGUUGGAAAAAAGUUCAGUGGUGUUCUCUCUCAGUGAUUAAGUUAAAAAAUAAGAUAAAAUAUCGAGCCAGUGCCUGCAUUAAAAUACAAAAGACCAUUCGUAUGUGGCUUUGCAAGAGAAAGCACAAACCACGCAUUGAUGGCCUGAUAAAAGUGCGUACGCUGAAGAAGAGACUUGAUAAAUUUAAUGAAGUAGUAAGCGCUCUGAAGGAGGGGAAGGCAGAGACAAGCAAGCAGGUCAAGGAGCUGGAGUAUUCUAUUGAUGCUUCAAUGACCAAAAUUAAGACCACUAUAAUGACUAGGGAACAGAUACAGAAAGAAUAUGAUGCUCUAGUUAGAAGCUCAGAGCAGCUUCUGAGCGCACUGCAAAAGAAGAAGCAGCAAGAGGAGGAAGCAGAGAGGUUACGACGCAUCCAGGAGGAAAUGGAAAAAGAAAGAAAGAGACGUGAAGAGGAAGAACGACGACGAAGGAAAGAAGAGGAGGAAAGACGCCUGAAAUCUGAGAUUGAGGCAAAGAGAAAACAGGAAGAGGAAGAGAGGAAAAAGAGGGAAGAGGAAGAGAAGCGUAUUCAGGCUGAAAUUGAGGCUCAGCUAGCUAGAGAACGAGAAGAGGAAACCCAGCACCAGGCAGUGCUUGAACAAGAACGUCGUGAUCAUGAACUUGCCAUGAGAAUUGCCCAGAGUGAGGCAGAACUGAUCAGUGAUGAGGCUCAGCUUGAUUUAGGAUUGCGCAGAGCCAAUGGAACAAAGCUGCAAAUGACUGCAGAACAAAUGGCCACAGAAAUAUCAGAAAUAUUAUCUAGGAGUCCUUCAGUUCAAGCCACAAAAGCUGCUGCUGGUACUAAGAAGCAUGAUCUCAGUAAGUGGAAAUAUGCAGAGCUUCGUGAUACAAUAAAUACAUCCUGUGAUAUUGAACUGUUGGCGGCUUGCAGAGAAGAGUUUCACAGAAGGCUAAAGGUAUAUCAUGCUUGGAAAUCCAAGAAUAAGAAACGCAAUGCAGAAACAGAACAGCGUGCUCCCAAAUCAGUCACAGACUAUGAUUUUGCACCAUUUUUGAGCAGCUCAC